UCUGCCAAUAUGUCAUACAACGACAAAUGCUCAAGGAUAAACCCCGCAAAAUACUCAAUUUGGAGGAACGAGUGCAGGCGAUUCGCAUGUACGAUGAAUUGCCCGUCUAUCAGCGAGUGGCCUCGGCCUUCAAAUGCAGUUGGGAACAAAUCAAAAAUAUUGUCGCCAACCGCAAACAAAUUCUCAAGUACUAUGCCAGCUGUCAAAUAAUUGAUGUCAUGAAAGACGAUUCCAAAGUGGUGCGUCACAAGAAAAUCAACUUCCUCGGUAAUUGUAUGUACGAGUACAUUAAACGAGCCCAUUAUCAUAAUUUACAACAAAUAACCGAUGAUGUGAUUCGUGAUCGUGCAAUGGAAUUUAAAGAAAUGAUCAACAUUGAAAAGUUCUUUCCCAAUCGGGCGUGGAUACGUGAUUUCAAGUCGGUCUUCAAUAUUGAUUUGGAACACAUGAAUCAAAUAAUUGUCUCGAGAAAACCACAAAAGUCACUCAACUGUAAGGACAUAAUAACCUAUUGUGCUAAGGAGGUAGAUCAUGCCCUGUCCUCACAGCCGGGCAGCACAAAAAAUCAAAUGCUACCCGAUUCUAGCGGUGGUAAUAGUAUGGAAUUGGGUGAGGAAGCCGGUGAACAUUUACUGAGACAUCCGAUAUUUGAUAGUGCGGACAGUGGCGAAGAACAGCCGCAUUAUGAUGAGGAUAUGUUCAAUGAACACGAAGAGGUGGGGCCCACAAUUAAUUUUGGUGAUUAUCAAGUUGAAGAAAUUGCCGAAGAUGGACAACAACAAGACGAUAUUAAACCCGAUGUGAGUAUAUUGGAGAGUAUGCUUAAGGGCCACAUGCCACCAUCAUCAAGACAAACACCUACUGACCUGAAGAUAAAGGAAGAAGACGUAGAGGAACCCCCAGAGCCGUAUAUUUGUAGGACAAGUUAUGGAAAUAUGUCAUCGACAUCAGCAACCAGUGUAACAGAUGAAGGAAGAGCACCACCAACAACAAUAACCAGUUAUGAAGAAGCUUUAGCUUUCUUGGAACCCUUAGAAGAUUUUGCAAUAUUUGAAGAAGAUUUUAAAGCCAUCAAUUUAUUAACACAACUAGCCGAGGUGUUUGAGAAAAGAAAAAAACGUAGAAUUCAAAUACCAACAAACUCAUCGUGA